AACAAUUGGCUUGUCACAGUUUGGUUUUUAUUGCCGGUGAAAGUGCUGAGAGAUGGGAAAAUGCUUCCUCGUGUCCGUGUGCUCUUCUCUUUGUUGGACUUUUCUCCUGUUGCCACACUUCAUGUUUUCUCAGUGUUUUCGACUAAAGCAGCUGGACAUCCACGCUUCUGCCUCUUUGUAACUCUCUGUGAACAAUGAAAACUUGCACCAAAUCACCCGUCGUGUUGGAGUUGAUUUUCAUCGCAUUACUCCAAGUUCUUGAAGCACAAGAAGUCAAAGUUUGGCCUGCAGUGACGGGAUACCUGGAGCACGAUGUCACCCUGCCAUGUGAAUUCAUCCAAGGACCACAGCGCGCUGAUAUUACUCAGGUUCAGUGGGAGCUCAAGUCACCAGAGGACGUGCAAAUCCUCAUUGUUUCUAAUGUUCAAUUUGGAGUUAGUGUUCACAACACGUCUCUGAAGGGCAGAGUGGAGCUUGAAAAACAAUCUUUGAUCAUUAAAAAUGUGGAAAUGACAGAUGCAGGAUCGUACACCUGCAGCAUUGCAACUUUUCCCAGUGGGGCAUUUGAAGGAACCACAAACCUUGUUGUUAAACAACACAUGCCGUUAUCAUCAGGGGAGGUUUCUGCUAUAGUGAUUGCUGUUUUGUUGCUGCUGGCGAUCGUGACCGCCAUAGUUUACCUACGCUUCAUCAGAAGACGUGAUCCUACGGUCAGACAUCGCGUCUACAUCGAUGCAGGUGGCCCGGUGAUGGAUGUGGCCAGGCCAUCUUUUAUUGUGAGAGACGAGGAUGUGGUCUACACUGACGUCAAGCUCAAACCAUCCCGAGACGCUAACUCUCCAUCCAAUGACAAACACACAGUGGAUGAUGUCACUUACUCCGAGGUCAUAGUUUUGCGUCAGCAGCCAAAGUGAGAUGAAAUUCAUGCAAAAGCGAUCAAGUCUUCCUUCUUGUACUAUUGCACUUUUUAUACUGCUGCAUGCAGUUUCAUUUUUGUAUCAUUUAGUAAAUCUGCACAUCAGCUAUUUCUAGCUGCUAUUAAAUACGACCUUUGUGGCUCCUUCUAUUUAUGGCCUCAGACAGGGUUUUUCACCAGAAGCUAGUGUUUCCACUACAGCCUCACAGCAGCUGAUCCAGUACAGCGUAAAGGGAGUAUAACAUGUUAAUCAAUGAGUUAGCAGCACUUUCAUUAGCAGUGAUAUUCUAAAAUGUCAAGUGUUAGAGUCUACAGCCGUUUUUAGCAGUUCUUUGAGGUGGUACUUGAGGUAAAUACUCACAUCAGCAUGCUGAGGUGCACACAGUGACAAUGCACGCUGAUGUUUAGCCAUAGAAGUAUAUUAAUAACUAUAUACAGGGCUGCAAGAUGGUGCUUAUUCACACUAGUGCAACUGAUCACUGCAUAUACCAAUAAAAGUUUUGAGCUUUCGGGUUUAUUUCCGUGGUAUGCAGCCCACUAAAUAUGCGCGUUAGUGUUUUUCCCACUGGUCCCAUCAGACCGUGCUCAGCUCAUAAACUUUACAUUGUAACAACCUCACCGAUUUUUAUAUUUCUUUUCUUAACUCAAGGAAAGCCUUCAGAGAUGUGUCUGCAGUGGAAAAACACUCUAACCAUGUCAAAGUGACUGAGUGGUUACAGCAGAUCUCAUAACACAAAGUUCCUAUUUCUCCUUUGUUGACCAACAAAGGAGGAAGACAAAAAAAGGAAGACAAAAAAUGGAAAAUGGCACAAUCAACAGGGAACCAACUCAGCAAUGUAACACGUCACUCUUGUGACAGCAAGAGCUAAGAGAUUAAAAAUGACACCAAACUUGCACAACUGUGCAGUAAAAUUAACCUUCUUGACACACAUUUUGUUGCAAACCAGUUAAACUGGACAUCAUGACGAUAAGCAACUGUGAAGUUUACUUGUAGCUUUAACUCAGUGUUGCAUGUGAGCCUUUUUUGGGGGGUUGGUUUGUCAGAGAGGGAGGCUGAAGUUGUGGUUUUUCAAAUUCUUUGUCCUUUCCUAAUCCUGUCUGUUUCUUCAAACCUUAUUGCAGCAGCUUUAAACGAAAAACGACAAUAAUUGAUAUUAUAAUAGAGUACUUUGUGUGCUCCAUUGGCAAAGAUUCUGUCUACUUUGAAUGUCAUAAUAGUGUUCACAGAUGUUGCAGUCUAAACGUACCUUGUGUAAAAAGGUGUUAAAUGUGGUUUGCAGAGUCACUGUAACAAUGUAAACCAUCACUGCACAAUACCAACAGUCACCUUCUGUUAGUUUUAGUUUCUGAUUUUCAGCAGCAUUUCCUGACAAUCAUUUUGUGGGUGUGAGAAUAUGUCGGCUCACUUCGUGUUGUCAGAUCAUAGCUUUUUUUCUUUUUUUUGGGUGUGUGUGUGUGUAAAUAUUAACUUUAGGGCUCAUUCAGUUUAAACUGUAUUUGUAAUUUAGUUUAUAUUUGAAAACAGAGCUUGGAACUUGUAUCAGUGUAAUGCAUUUAAGAUAUUUCAGUCUGGUCAUUUAUCAAAUCAUGCAGAUGAGCAGGUAGGCAGAGUCGGGUCUGUUAAUUAUCUCUACAUUUUCUUUUAGACGGAACUUUUGGUUUGUGGCAACUUUUAUUUAAUAAAGUUUUACAUUUUCAGUCACUUUA